AAAUCCGUAGAAGGAAAGCAGAGCAUCGUCAUUAAUCGUCCUCCUUGCAAGCGCAAGUCUUCUCUUUUUCUUUCUCUCUCUCUCUCUCUCGCUCGCAGCGGGGGCUGGAAUUUGUGGCAGACCCGAUCGACGCUUCUCACGCAUGAGCACCAGCAGCGCGAUUGCCAUGGCCGCGGGCAGCGCGCUGGCGCUGGCGCCGGGCCGAAUUGCGGCGACGCUCCAAGCGCCGGUCCGCGCAACGGUGGGGAAUUUGAAGAGCGCGCGGAGCGUGCACGCGGGAGGAGCGGCGCUGCAAUGCGCGCCCUGGAGCGUGCAGCCGCGGCGCGGGGCGAGGCGGGGCGCGGUGCGCGCGUCGACGUCGGGCGGGCGCGAGCUGUACCAGCCCUUCAGGCCGCCGCCGACGCGCGUGGAGGAAGCGCCCGCGGGCGCACAGAGCGUUGAGGAGAUGCUGCAGGUGCUGCGGGAUAAGGAGGGUCUAUGGUACCACUACGCGAGCGUGCUGCCGGCGCUGAGCCGCUGCGGGUUCUCGCCCAGCGAAAUCGACGAGGCCACGGGCAUCAAUGGCCACGAGCAGAACCAGCUCGUGGUCGGGUCGCAGGUGCGCUUGUCGCUCGUGGCCACGGGCUUCGACAAGGACGCCAUCGCGUUUUUCGACAAUGGCGGGGCGGAAAUCCUGUACGAAUUGCGCACGCUGUCCGUGCAGCAGCGGCGCGCCUCGGCGGAGUAUCUCAUGGCCCGCGGCAUGGACGGCAAGGGCGCCCGCGAUGUGGCCAAGGCCGUGAAGGACUUCGAGCGGCGCAGGAACAUUCCCGGCUGGGAGCAGUUCUCCUCGUCUCCCGGCGACUGCCUCGCCCUCUCUCUGCUGCGCCAGAGCAAGGAGGCCCGCAGUGCCAACGAAGUGGAGGCCUUCAUCCAUCAAGCGCUGGAAUGCGCCGAAUCCGAGAGUGCCAAGAGGAUGCUCGAGGGCGUUUUGCGCAGCGAGGAGCAUGAGAAAGUCGCUGAGAAAGUCGCCAAGGCCUCUGUGACAAUCAUGCGACUCUCCUCCGAGGAGCUUCCCGUAGUGCUCCCGGUCUGCGAAUUUUCGACCCAGGCCGUUUCGGAUUGUCCGUCGUCGGCCGCUGGCAGUAGCGGUCCUUUUCCUAUCCAUUAUUCUUCCUCUUUGUGGCAGUCGUUCGUCUCGGUUCCCGGAUGGAAACCAAUCGUGGACGCGGCCGCGCCGAUAGCCAUAUUCAUUAAAGAUUCGAAACUUCUUCCGAAACAAGUGGGAAUUAAAAACCACAACGACCCCAUUCUUUUGGUAGUUGACAAGGGCGAUCGAAUUGUGGUGGCCAGUAGUUACUUCUUAGUAGAUACAGAAGGAUCGAUGACUUUGAAGGCCGGGCCCGAAAUAUCUGAAGGCAGCUGUACUGUCUUAGGCAGAGUUUUGAUCGCAUUGAGACCGCCGUUGCCCGAAGAUCCCAACGAAGAUGAUACAAGCUGGGAGUAAGCGAGCUGGGUUUUUCGACGAAUUUAUGUAGCCAGAGUAGAAUGGUCUCUUGUCUAUCCAUGAAUUUAUUAUCUAGAGCACCAUCGACCCUCCGUUUGUUUGUAAAAUUCACCUUCCGUGCUCUAUAUCGCACUUACGUCAACGCUACUGGCAAGAAAGAGUUUAAGAUCGCAGAUUGACGGAUUAUCGUCAUCUGCUUAGAUAGGUACGGCGGAAUGAAGUCAUCCAUGAGAAGGUCCCAGCAUGUGUUCAUUCUCGAUGUUGUCCUUUUCUAGGAGAAAAUUGAAGGCCAAGGUCUUGGGAUUAAAAGCCCAUUCAGACCGUCGCGUUUUUUUGGUCUUCCUGAAGCCGACAGGAUUUGCUGAAUUCUGCUCAUUGUUCACUGAGGAGUGGUUUCUCUAUUUGCAGCGAUUUUUUUUUAUAUCAUUACUGUCUGCAAGGUGCAUGCCACCAGUUCCUCCUGCUGUGAUCAAAAUACCAGGUUUGCUCGGUGGUUUUUACACGGUCAUUUCUGUUGCACCAUAUCCCGCUGAUUUCGGAUGUUCAGAGCUCCUAAGUUAAUAUCAAACCUACUGGCUUUGUCUCAU